GCUAGCCCACGAUCUUUGCCGAACGUUUUUCCAUUGGAGACCGAGAAUAACCGAACGUAUGAUUAGGUCACGUGGUACUUUUGGAGUCUUCGUGGCGUAGCUUGUUCAGCUGCUCGUCGAAGCGGCUGUCGGACGGUCGCCUCUCAGCGAGUCUGCGUACAAUGUAGCGGCCAUUUUUGUUCUUAGUUCAUAAUAGCGUGCGCAUAUUUUAAUGUAUUUAGAUAUUUAGGAAAUUUUUCACGAUGACUAUAAUAGUCUUUUUAAUAGAUACAUCAGCUUCUAUGAACCAAAGAGCUUAUUUGGGCGGACGCCCAACGUUGCUCGAUGUAGCCAAGGGCGCUGUGGAAACGUUCGUAAAGGUUCGUCAACGAUCUCCUGAAAGCAGAGGCGAUAGGUAUAUGCUUCUAACUUUCGAAGAGCCACCCGCGAACAUCAAGGCAGGUUGGAAGGAGAAUUUAGCAACCUUUAUUAAUGAAUUAAAGAAUUUACAAUGCCUUGGCUUGACCACCAUGGGUGCUGCAUUAAAACAUGCAUUUGAUGUCCUAAACAUAAACCGCAUGCAAACUGGUAUUGACACAUAUGGACAAGGUAGAUGUCCAUUUUACCUUGAGCCUUCAGUAAUAGUUGUUAUUACUGAUGGAGGAAAACUUUCUAGCAAUGCUGGUAUUCAUGAGGAAUUUAAUCUGCCGAUGAACUGUCCAAUACCUGGAUCUGAACUGACUCGAGAACCAUUCCGAUGGGACCAACGACUGUUCUCUUUGGUGCUAAGGUUGUCUGGAACACCAGCGGUCGAGAGAGACACUGGCUUGGUGCCCUCUGACUCAUCACCUAUUGAUGCUAUGUGUGAAGUUACUGGUGGACGAUCAUAUUGCAUCACCUCUCACCGCAUGCUUAUGCAGUGCAUCGACAGUUUAGUGCAGAAGGUACAAAGUGGUGUGGUGAUUAAUUUUGAGAAGAUUGGUCCCGAUCCACCACCCAUUGAUGGCACCAACAAUAGAGAUGGCACAGAACAAACUGACGAUCUUACACAUGAAGUAGAUAAAGACAUUGAAGGUGAAGCCGAAAGAAAUGGGCGAUGGAACGGCGGCCCGUACCAGUCUACGAUUACACCGAACCAGAGCUCCGGGGCUCCGCAGGCUUGGCAUUCCUGUCGCCGGCUCAUAUAUGUACCCAGGACAGUGUCGCAGAAGGGCUUCGCUGUCGGCUUCUGGCCUAUACCCGAGUCGUUUCGACCUGAUCCCAAUGCUACCUCAUUGCCCCCGCGGUCCGCACAUCCCGUGGUCAAGUUCACGUGUUCCAGUCAGGAGCCCAUGGUGAUUGACAACUUGCCCUUUGACAAAUACGAACUGGAACCGAGCCCACUGACACAGUUCAUACUAGCGAGGAAACAACCGACUAUUUGCUGGCAGGUUUUCGUCGCAAACAGCGGCUGCAAAAACUCUGAGGUGAAUCACCCGUUUGGUUACCUCAAGGCGUCAACAAAUCUGACGUGCGUCAAUUUGUUUGUGUUGCCGUACAACUAUCCCGUUCUGCUGCCGCUGCUCGAUGAUCUGUUCAAAGUGCACAGAUGCAAACCUACCGCCGAAUGGAAGAUGGCUUUUCAACAGUAUUUGGACAGAAUGCCUUCAUACUAUGUUGUGCCACUUCGAAGGGCGUUAACGAAAAUGGGGGCAUCAGCGCCGUUGGUACAAAGUCUCAUACCGGAUACUCAAGACAAUUCCCUCAGUUUUUCUGUCUUAAAUUACUUGAAGAGAAUGAAAAAUCAAGCUAAAAUGGAGUUUGAGAAACUCUGUGCUGACGUCAUCAAUAAAGCCUCUAAUGGGAAUAAUCAAAAGGUGACGGAGAGCGUACGCGUAAUGCCACGAUCGCCGCUGAAGAAGGACCUGACAUCGCACCCGUCCCUGCAGGACAAGUUCAGCGCGCUGCGCGACCAGCUGAACGAGUUCGGGGGCUUCGUGGUGGGACUGUCGCGCGGCCGGCACAAGGCGCAGGCCCACACCUACAGGAACCCAUUCGAUAUACAACGCAGAGAUCUCUUGGACCAGGUGGUGCGCAUGCGCGCCAACUUCCUACAACCUUCGCUGGCGCAUACGCGGCUGGUGGACGAGGACAGCGCGCAUUCGAUGCCGGUGGCGCAGAUGGGCAACUACCAGGAGUAUCUGAAGCGUAUGACUCCGCAGCUGCGCGAGAUCGAGUCGCAGCCCGUUAGACAACACAUGUUCGGCAACCCAUUCAAAAUCGAUAAGCGCAUGAUGGUUGACGAAGCAGACAUAGACCCGAUGGGCGCGGUGCGUGGUGCCGGCGGUGGCGGUGCCGGGGGAAAACGUGGCGCGGAGUCACCCCGAGCGGUGCCGCCCAAGCGCAAAGCGGGCCCGCUGCCGCAGCACGUGGUGGCGCGACGCCCCUCUUCGCCCGCACCGCCCCCCACCUCUCCGCCUCCCGCCUCACCGCACCCCGCCAUUCCCUAUGCCCUCACGCUUCCCCUGCCCCCGCCCUUCGCGUCGCCCCCGCCUGCUGCGCCGCUGUCGCCAGUCACCACGCGCCGCCCCGCCUCCCCUCUGGCGCCUGUGCCCUCCGACCUACCAUCGGGACGCCCACCCGAAGAGCCGCCCAAUAUGGACACGGGAGGACCCACCAUCACAUUGCCAGUUCCGCCUUCACCGCCUGCUACGCCUACCAAUUUACCGCCUGUAGUCAAACCAUUCCUCAAUGGAGAUGCGUACACAACAAUGGGCAGCAAGAUGCCUCGGUCGCCAUCUCCGCCGCCUGAGCCAACGAGUGCAGGCGGAGCUAGCGGCGCGAGCGCGCCGAGCCCCGCCUUCAGUUCCCUCGUGCCCAUAGUGACGCACGACUCGCAGGAGCUGCAGAUAAAUGCUAUACUGCAAGGCAUCGCCGCCGAGAACGAGUCCAACUUGCGUUCAAAGAAACGUAAACGAAAGACGGAAAAGCCGGCCGUGCAGUUUCUGCUGCCGCCGCAGCCGUCGCGCAAGGAGCUAGCGGAUAUAAAGAAGCACAAUCUCAACGUUCGUUCCGAAGUGUACCGCGCUGUGCGGAGACCUGGAAGAGAUUUUACGAAGUUAUUCGAAUAUUUGAAAGACUUAAAGGGUAGCGUGGACGUAAAGAAAGAGGUGAUACGUGACGUCAUCAGCGAGUCCCUGCGGUUUAAGAGGAAGGGGCUCGCGAAACUUCUAGAAGACUUCUUGGUGAGCCUCGAGAGAAACGGCAAUAGCGCCUCUGUCGGUAUGAAGCGGCUGAACUCUGCGUACAGCGCCGGACACAGCUAAUGUACUCGAGCGUGUACAGUGCCGGACAAAGCUAAAGCAAUCGAGCGUGGACGGCGCCGGACACAGCUAGUGCGCUCUAGCGUGUAUGGCGUCAGACACAGCUAGUGCACUGACGUGUUUGCAGCGCCGGACACAACAAUUGCCCUCAAGUGUGUACAGCGCCGGACACAGUAAGUGCACUCGAGUGUGUACAUCGCCGGACACAUCAAGUGUGUACAGUGCGGGCACCGCUAAUGUACUCGAGUGUGUACAGCACCGGACACUGCUAGUGCACUCGAGUGUGUACAGCGCCGGAUUCAGCAAGUGCAUUCAAGUGAACAUUUCAUAGACUAAUCAUAGUUAUACAUGCAAUACUAUUUUUUUUAAGUAACUGAAUCGUCUGCUCUGGUCAAUGUAACAGUAGAUUUUAUGUAAGCAUUUCUUGAGCAUUGUUAUUUGUAUUUAUUUAAUAUCGUCAACAUUUGUUGCACUCCCUUUUAAAAGAGCUUUUUAAUUAAUUCAACAAAGCGGUAAAUAAUUUGUACAUUCCAUAUCUUGUAGGCGAAAAACUUUAGCCAUAUUUAGUCAAAUAAGUUACAACAGGAAAGUAUAACUAAAGUUUUUAGUAUAAAAUCACAAUAA